UCGUGCAAGCACCGCGUUGCUUAUCGCGAAAAAUACGCGAAAGCGGGCUUAUUCUCUCGUAUUAAAAAAGAAUUGUGUUGGUCUUGGGGUGGAAUCUGAUAAUUGCAAAUGCGAUUGAUAUAGAAAUAAAAUCGGGAUUUUGAAGUGUACUUUGAACUUUGUAAUAAUGGAUUAAAAGUGACUUUCUAAGUUUUAUGAAUGCGACAAGAAGACAUGUGAAAGAAAGAGCAGAGGAAAACUAAAAAAUAAGAGGCGCUUCUACUUGGAUUAGCCAGUUCAGUGAAUUACGUCCACUACUAAAUAGCAAAAGAUAUUUCGAGCCAGAAUGAGACGACAAUCUUUUUGUUCGAGCCUGAGCAGUGGCAGUGGAGGCGGAGAACCCCUCAUCGUAGUGGAAGAAAGCACACUUGGAGAAGAAGAAGACGAGCGUCGAAGAAACGAAUCACCACCUCGUUGUCUAGAUCCUGACUCACCCUCUCUAAAUCCCUAUCUUCUGUCGCCAUGGCGAGAUACUCGAAAACACUCUCUACCAACCCCACAGUGCACUUCUGGAAUCACUGCGUCUCAAGUCCGUCGGCUGAGUGAAAGAGGGGGCGAAGGUUCGGGACCAUCUCCCAGGGAGGCAUCGUUCCUUGCCACAUUAUCCCAAGGACCAACUCCUCAACCGGGUGGGCGAAGACACUCCGUUGUCACAAUUUCAAAAGUGCCCACGACCUUGUUUGGACCAAAUCGUCGAGAAUCCAUUGCAGCCUUUCCAAUGGGGGCCCCCCGAAUACUGCCAGGUCGACGCGAAUCCGUUUCCGGUAUCUCCGGCCCUCCAAGCAAUAGCGGAAGUACACAUAAUCUUCAGCUAGACAUCAUGGAUGACAUCGCUGAAAUGAAAGCUAGAAAGGUACGUCUAAAAAUGUACAAGACGGCUUCUCGGGAACGGGUUUGCGAAGUCCAACCACUAGAGGGUAACAGUUCGACCCAGCGUUACACGCAACAGCAUCGUCGAUUUUCCGACUUCACACUGGCCUCUAUCCCUGCAGCCUCCACAUCCAGAAGAAGAGCCUCCGAAAUGCCGAUGCCUCCUCCACCUCCUCCUUCGAAGCCCUCGACAUCUUCGCAGGCUGCUGGAAUCAUUUGCUCCAACACAGACCUCUUUUCAAUCCUCAGCUCCUUAACCUCUUCGGCUACCGAGAUUAAUAGAUGCGGUGAGGAAUCAUCCACUUCUAGGGAAGGCAAGUCAACUAAAACAGCAGAGCAGAAACGUAAAAACCUCAAGAAUUUCCGAUCCAACAGUUUCGACAUCUCAAUCCUCCACGGCACCGGAAACAGGCUCUCCAGCACCGGCUCAUUCAAGUCCUCGAAUUUAGCUCCUUCCAAUUGGUUCGUCAAGCGUCAUCAGCCCAUGUCCAAAAAGCAGAAGCCCGAUGAGAUUGUCCCGGCGUUGCUCAACUUCAAGUUCGACAAGUCGAAGGUGGUGAAAGCUGUCAAGGAAACCCUCACCAAGAGUCCUCCUACCAAGGAAACUGAUGUUAGGCACAAAGUCAUUUGGGAUGGUAUCAGCGGCACUAAAGUCGAUGCACAGGUCCUCGGCAGCGCGAUCGAAGAAUUUCUAACAUCUCAAAGAGGAAGUGACCCCGAUGGUUCCGGUAACGGUAAUUCCAGUGGAAAGCCAACUGCGUCACCUGGAAAACCGAGAUCAGCUAGUGGAAAAAUGACCAAUUGGUUUUCUGCUGGAAAUAAGGAAGAAGAGCAAACGGAAUCCUGUGAACCUUCCAUCUGCUCCUCGCUCAAGGAUCUCUUUGUAAAGUAAAAUUUUUAACCGAUUAGUAAAACAGUAAAAAAACUGGUUUUAUUGUUUCAUCUGAUUUUUUACAAAAAGCUUUAAAAAUAUAGUUGUAAAUUCAAAUAUUCCAGUCGAUUUUCAUCGCACAGACAUAAUUUGCAUUUACGAUUGUGCCGGAUUAAUUUUUCUUGUCUGUGUGGUAUUGCGUUAAGUAAGCCACAAAGAUCUCGAUUUUCAAAUUCAAAAUUCUGCUUUUGUUAUGUAUAUUAUAUUCUUCGAUAUUAAUAUUUGACGCAGAAUAUCAAUUUUUCUAGAAAA